UGAGUGAGGAUGAGUUUUACAGGCGCUCCGAUAUCAUCCACUUCAUUUACCAUGAUAUCCCAGGAAGAAAUACUCAAGCCCAUAUGGCACGCCUUUACUGCACUGGAUAUAGACCGAAACGGCAAAGUUUCAAAAUCCCAGCUAAAGGUGCUGUCUUACAACUUGUGCACCAUACUGAGAAUCCCCCAUAAAUCUUCAGCCCUGGAAGAGCACUUUCAAGAAGAUAAUAUGGGACCAGUGUCGACUCAAGGGUACAUGCCCUACCUGAACACGUUCAUACUAAAUAAGAUCCAGCCCAACUUUGAUUUCGCCGAACUGAAUAAGAUGUGCUGGACUCUGUGUGCACCAAAGCGCAUCAGCAGCAAGCAGCUGCUCAUCUCUGGAGUUGAUGCCUUCAAGGUGUGGUGUAUCUUCAACUUCCUGUCUGAUGAUAAAUAUCCAUUACAUAUAGUCACAGAAGAGAUCGAGUACUUACUGCGCAAGCUGUUAGCAUCAAUGAGUUGCAGCUGGAAUGAGGGCAGGUUUGAAGACUACAAAAUGCAGCUGAGUGUAAAGAAGCAUAAUCUCAAUGCCUGGGAGCUGAUUGACCUUAUUGGCAUGGGUCAUUUCACCAAGGGCAUAAAUCCUCAGAUCGUCACCAUGGGAAUCAAUGAGGUCUAUCGGGAACUUACACUGGAUAUUAUAAAACAGGGCUAUAUGAUGAAAAAAGGGCACAAAAGGAAAAACUGGACCGAGCGAUGGUUUGAGCUACAUCUCUCCUACAUGGCAUAUUAUGUGAGUGAAGACCUCACUGAGCAGAAGGGAUGUAUUUCACUGGAUUGCAACUGCCGUGUUGAGUCCUUACCAGACAAAGAUGGGAGGAGAAACCUCUUCAUUAUAAAAUGCAUUGAAAAAUGUUUUGAGAUCAGUGCACCGGAUAAAAAGUUAAAACAGGAGUGGAUUCAAGCCAUCGAGGACUGCAUUUUCCGCACAAUGCAAGGCCUUUCCUCCUCACACCGUGAGGCCAGACAGAAACGAAGGGAACAGAGGAACCAAAUGAAAGCAGAACAGGAGACCAUAGAGAGCAGAAUGAGAGAGCUGCAACUGGCCAACCGAAGCAAGCAGGCCCAGCUGGAGGCCAUGAGUAAGGCCUCAUCGUCUGUUGCAUGUCCAGUAAAUCAGAAUCUACAGGAUGCAGCAGUCAGGGAUGUUUUAGAGAAACAGAGAAGAUUUCAAAAUCAAACAGAACUUCUGGACCAGUACAAAAAGGACCUGGAGCAAGAGAAAAUGGCUCGAAAGCAGGUGGAAGAGCAGGUGGCUGAAAAGUCCAGCCAAUUGGAGCUGUACUGGCAGCGUAUGAAGGAACUGGAAGAAAUGUACAGUCAACUGAAAGAAGCACUAGAGGAUGAGAGGCAGGCCAAACAGGACGAAAAAGCUCUGCACCAGUUGCAGGCCAGGCUUCUUGAAGAGGAGACAAGCAAGAAGCUUGAAUUGGAGCAGAUUUACUUGGUGCAGCAGGAGGUCAUAUAUCAGUCUCAAAAGGAGAAAAAGGAGCUGGAGAAGGAGCGGUUGGAGAAGGAGCGUGCCCUGCAGGAUGCAAAGAAGCAGCUAGAGAGCCUGGAAAAGCAGAGACAGGGGGCGCAAGAGGAGUACAAGGCAGUUACAAUGAAAUUGCAGCGGGCUACUAACAAGACAAAGGCGUGGAAACACAAAGUCACCGAUCAUGAGGGCUUAAUACGACUCAUUCAACCAGGCACCAAGUCUCCUUUAAAAAUUAGCAACUGGGGACAGGCAGCUUUCACUAAUGCAGAGUUGGAUCAGAUGGAGAAGAAGUGGAAAGAGGGCAAGGAUAAAUCACAUGAUGGAGAGUAACACCUGAUUCGUCCAUUGUUUUUAAAAUAUAAAUAUAUUUCUUAAUGACCAGGCAGUCCUCACAUUGACUGCCAUGUUACUGGUUAAAUCUUUUCACUGAAAUGUGUUUUUAGUCAACGUUUAAUUAAUCACUCAUAUAUCUUUUGUAUAUAAAUUAACCUAAAGUCUUUUUUACAAAUUAAUAAAUACAUUUAGAAAAUAGUUUAGAAACGUUAUUAUGAUUCAAAUUUGGUCAUUUCAAAGUGGAUUUUUUUUUUCUUCACGUUCCUGGAUUUGAUAUUCCAAAUUGAGAUUUAUUCUUAACAUGGAUAAUGUUUUUUUUUUUUGCAGUUUGUAGUGCUAGCAAAGCACAUAGUUAUUUAUGCAUACUUUUGUCCACUAGAUGUCCUUGUUGAUACACAUAAACUGCUCAGAGGGCUAAUUUAUACCCUAAUUUUCUAGGCAGGGGUUUUCAAACUGGGGUCCAGGGACCCCCAUGGAGACAAAACUAAAAUAAAAAGUGAUAUUAUUAAUGAAUUUGACAUUAUUAAUGUUUCAUUUUGCUUUAUAAAGACUGGUUGGAAAUCAUGAGAUUUACCAUGACUAUUUUAUGCUAUUGACAGCCACAGUUUUCAAGUUUUUAGGUUUGUGAAGAAAGAAAAUGUCUUGUGCCAUUUGCUUACUCACUGGGGGGUUGAAAGGCCAUAUUCUCAGUAAAGCUGCUUUGGAAAAAUAUUUAUUGUGAAAGCACUAUACAUAUACAUUUAAAUGUAAUUGACAAUGUUUCUUGUCAGAUUUACAUACAAACAUUAAUAGUGAUAAUAAAACUAUUGUAAAUACAAUAUAUAGAUAACAGGUACCGAUAACAUUUCAAUCAAAUAUUUUGUCUUUGGUACAAUGAGAAUACAGAAGCCAAUAAUUUGAUUGAGUUAUAAAUCAUUUGUAUAUAUUUUUUUCUCCCCAAAUUGGAAUGCACGAUUCCCACGACUUAGUAGGUCCUCGUGGUGGCGCAGGUACUCACCUCAAUCCGGGUGGCGGAGGACAAGUCUCAGUUGCAUACGCUGCUGAGACUGUCAAUCCGUGCAUUUUAUCACGUGGCUCGCUGUGCAUGACACUGUGGAGACGCACAGCAUGUGGAGGCUCAUGCUACUCUCAACGAUCCACGCACAACUUACCACGCACCCCAUUGAGAGUGAGAACCAUAAAUCGUGACCACAAGGAGGUUACCCCAUGUGACUACCCUCCCUAGCAACCGGGCCAAUUUGGUUGCUAAGGAGACCUGGCUGGAGUCACUCAGCACGCCCUGGAUUCGAACUUGUGACUCCAGGGGUGGUAGUCAGCAUCAAUACACGCUGAGCUACCAGUUCACACAAUUUUUCUCACAAAUAUGAAUAUAAAUAUAAUGAAUGAAUAUUAAAUAUAAAGCUGACUUUGUAUUUUAGGAAGGAGGUCCCUCGCAAGGAUAUCAUCAGAUUUGGGGAUCAUUGGCAUCAAAAAGUUAAGAUAGCUAUUUAAACUUAAGAUAGCUAUGCAAUUUUAUAAAUUAUUUGUAACUUAUGCCUGAUUAAAAUACCCUGCUAUAUUAAAAGAAUAAAUCUUCAACA